CCACCUUCCAAAAUGCAUAAACUCCCAUUUGAAGAUAAGGGAGUAUUUGAAGACCCACAAACUCCACCAUUGAAUUCAACCCCCAAAAAAGGACAACGUGUCGGACACCGGAUACACAUUCAAACCGAAGUGUAAAUCCUACAUAGCUUAGGAGAAAAUUCUGCUUGAUUUGGUCUAUGGAUUGGUUCUUGACAUUCAGUUAGCUAGUUCUUGCACAGUUUCAGAAAGUAAACGGUACCUAAGGUUCCAUGUAUUUUAUAUGCACAACAUGCAAUUUCAACCAGUAGUUUCUCUUACAUAAGCAGGAUUGGAUAAAGUUGAGAAAUUCUAACUGUAGAAAAAAUUGGUUUUGUUGGUCCCUUUGAGUUAUUUUGAGUGACAGAGAAAUGUCAUCCCUGCUAUCAAACAUAGCAAUGGUAAGAGGUAGAGAAGAAGUUUAUGUAGCAGCAAUGCCUCUAAGGGCUAAAAAGGGACCACCCCAGUUGCUUAUGUCUGCUGCUUACUCCCUUAAUUUAUGGGAUUUGCAGCAUUACAUGGUCAUCAUCAAACCAUCCUCACAUCCUCUUCAUUCUCAGGUUCUGGUUUUUGAUUUUCAACCAAAAGAUCCUGAAGAUAUAUAUGUGGCACUAGCAGCCUUGUGUGGUAGAACAGUGCCAGGAGUUGUUCUUGAGAGGAAUUUAAAAAGGAUGCCGCAAAACAAAUGCUGGUUGGUUGGAUAUGCAGAAGCAAAUGCUGUGGAAAUAGCAAGUCAAUUCAACAAAAAAUGGGAAACAAGUUUGAGGAUUGGUCUUAAUGAUUGUCGCGAUUAUACCAAUGGUUUGGUCAUGCAACUCACCGGCAAAAAAGAUGUGCUGAAAAGUUUGAGAAACCAUGGUCGCUAGAGCAGAUGGGAGGGACUAAGGUUGGAUCCAGAACCAGAAGAUUGAGUUUUUUUUUAUCUUGUAGUUUCUUUUAAGAAUUAAAAUUAUAUGAAAUUUUGGUACAUCAGAGGAUGAUUGUAAACUAUACAUCUUGUAGUUAUAAUUUAUUUGGAUGAUUGUACAUAUGAUAUUUUAAGUGAUUGUCUAUGAUAAUCUAAAAUGUAUGAAUCUAUUACCAUAUUAUAGAUA